CACACUUUACUAAUCAUUUACAAAACAUUGUUUGGCAGCUGUUCAGCUGUCUGAUAAAUUAGGAAACUAACACACAUUGUUUUCAUGCGCGUGCAGAAGUUUUAGAAAUUUUGUAUCUUUUAGAAGCUUUGGGUAAUACAAAAUUCACGUGAAUGUUGAAGACCAUCCAGAUCGGCACCGCCCGGGGUCAUCCGGCGCGCUGUCUGGCGACCUACGGCACUAGAUUUACGCAUUUGACCAAACCGAAGGCGCAGCGUGUCGAGAACUACUACCAGGUCCUCAAUGUGCCGGUGGGCUCCAGCGACCAGGAAAUCAAGCGCGCCUUCAUCGACCUCUCGAAAAAGUACCAUCCGGAUGUGAGCCGAGAUACCCGGGACUCAGAGGUGUUCAUGAAGAUCUGUGAGGCUUAUCAGACUCUCCAUCGCCAACAAUCGCGCCAACUUUACGACUCCCGCCUGCGGAUGCAAUACAAGUCAGCUGUGCCGCCGGAUACAGCAUUCACCGGGCGACAUGUGUCCACCGUUUGGUCCCAAUACCAGUCCGCUAUGCGCAACAAGCAAAUGGGCCGGAAUGUCGUGAAGCCGCUCAUCUUCAAGUCAAAGGUUCCCAGGUGCAAGUGGUUGCCGAUGGAACGUAGCGCCGUGGAUCUCCAAUGCCCCUCCGGUUCUGGAGGGUUUGGUGAGGAGGAGGCAAGGGGGGAGGAGGAGGAGCAAACGAGCAACAAUUUCCAUAACCCCACCCUCUACGCCUAUGUCACCGGAUUGUUUGCGGUGAGCGGUCUCGUUCUCUUGGAUGCAAUCGGUCGAUUCCGUAACAAGUCGUUGCCAGAGGGCAGCAACGCCAGAGGUUCUUUGUGAGGAUGUGAUGAUAUCCGUGGCGGCUUUCCUGUGUGCCGCUGUUCGACAGGGGGGCGGGGGGAUGGUGACGCUAUCAUUGGCAAAAAACAAAAAACAUCGACCACCCACCAGCCCGCGCCGUCGAAUUGCUGGCACCUCAUCCAUAUGCAUAGGACAUUGUCAUUGUUGUUGUACGCCCUGGUAUCGUUGGAACGAAAAUAUAUAAAUCUGCUCGUUAA